UCACGUGACUAUUUGACCAAAGGCGCCAGAAAAAAUGUCUUGGUGAUCCAAGAUGUCGCUGUUCAAAGCCCGAGAUUGGUGGGCUGCUUACUGCGGCAACGGCGAAGAAUUCGAUACAGGAUGCCUAUGUGUGGGGAAUAUUGAUAAUAGCUCAACUAUCUCUGACAAAGUUAUUGUUGGAAGUUAUCAUGGUAUCCUCAGAAUAUAUUUGCCAAAGGCUACAAAUUUUAAACCAGAAGACCUUAUGUUAGAAAUUCAACUCCAACAACCUAUAUUGCAAGUUGAAAUUGGACAUUUUGUUUCGGGAUCCGAAAGUCUUCAUCUAGCUCUUUUGCAUCCCAGGAAAUUAGCCAUCUACUCUGUACAAGCGGUGUCUGGUGCUGUAGAUCAUGGCAACCACUACACCCUUAACCUUGUGUACGAGCAUCUGUUGGAAAGGAGUGCUUUUAACAUGACAAUUGGGCCAUUUGGUGGUGUGAAAGGUAAAGACUUCAUUUGUGUGCAGUCAAUGGAUGGAAUGCUAUCAUUUUUUGAGCAAGAGAGUUUUGCAUUUGGACGAUUUCUGCCUGGUUUUCUACUGCCUGGUCCUGUGGGAUAUAUUGGCAAGACAGACUCAUUUCUUGUCUGUACUACAGCUAGACAAGUAGAAUCAUACAAAUAUCAAACCCUUGCUGUAGCCACUGAUGCAAAUAAUAAAGAAGAUAUUGGAAACAAGAAGAUCUCUGGCAAGAAACUUACUGUUGACUGGACUACAAAUAUCGGAGAAUGUGCAUUGGAUAUAAAAGUCUUCUCGACUUCUAGUUCACCCACAUCAAUUCUUGUGUUAGGAGAGAGAAGUCUGUUUUGCAUGAAAGAAGAUGGAACUAUUAGAUUUAUGAAGAAAUUUGAGUACAAUCCCAGUGCUUUUAUCCCGUAUGACUCUGUUAAGGAGGGUGUCAUCAACACACUGAUAGCCACCCACACUAAAAGUUUAUUGGUUUAUCAGGAUGUUACGCUUACUUGGGCAGCACAACUGCCUCAUGUCCCUGUGGCAAUAAAAGUAGCUACAUUCCAGGACCUCAAGGGGGUGAUCGUGACACUAGACGAGACAGGCUAUCUUCACUGUGCAUACCUUGGCACAGAUCCAUCCAUGAUGGUCACACCGGCACCUGAGGCUAGAGAUAUCAAUUAUGAGGAAGCUGAUACUGAAAUGAAAGAGCUCCAAAAAGUUAUAAGGGAAUCUUCUAUAAGCUCAGAAAUUCUUCCACGUACCCAACAGAAAGAGGACCUGAUUAUUAAAGUUUGUGUUCCUGACUCAUUAGACAGAAUAUCUCAAAGCAUGGUGGAUGAUGUCGACGAGGAGACUUUUCCAUCCAUAACAGUAACUGUAUCGCUGGUUUGCCAAGCCCCCCGUCCCCUGGAGAAUGUGUUCCUCAGUGUGAUUUGUAGCUCCCCCAUCACCUGUAACAGAUCCUCCAUCGUCUUUCCAGUUGUUGGAGACCGAAGUGAGCCCGUGUCGGCAGAGGUGGCUUUCUACACACGAGGUGGCUCAAUACCCACCACUCUCAAUGCUCAACUGACAGCUACAUAUACGUCAACUGGAGAUGCACCACGUGUUGCACAGUGUGAGGUGGACUUCCCCUUAGGACUGGUCUGCAAAGGAGCUCAGCCAAUGAAAAACGCGCAGCAUAAGGUCACAGUCGACACCAACAAAUCGCCAGCAAAUCUUGCUGAAGUAUUCCCAGAAAUGGUAGAUGAUGCCGUCAUACCAUUAGCUGCCAUUGGUAUCCAGUACUAUGGCGGUCCUACUGUUACCAUCCUGGCGUCGAAAACAUCGCAGAGAUAUCGAAUCCAGUGUGACGUGUUUGAGGGAAUGUGGCUGGUACUAUAUGAGCUGAUAAGACGACUGGAGGCGCAUUAUAAAAAAGUCCGUGACAACGUGUCUUUCCGAGCAUCGUUCAUGGGCCCACUGCCUCUACAGGAGUACUAUGAGCUGAUCGACACACAUUUCGAGCAACGCCAGAAUCAAGCUAAGUACCGGGAUUUGCUGGCGGAGAGGGCACAGCAGUUCCGCUCCAUCCAGAGGCGCCUACUGACGAGAUUCAAGGACAAGACGCCCGUGUCCUUACAAAACCUGGAUACACUCCUGGACGGUACCUACAGGCAGCUUCUCGCUCUGAGUGAAGCCGAAGAGGAAUGUGAGCGCGCGAUAGAGGCAUCGUCCAACGCACUGUCGUGUGCAACCCGUCUUAUCAACUACCUCAUAAAGCUGUGGACUAAUAUGUCAGACAAGGAGUUUGAAGCGCUGCAGAUGGUUCUGUCUCCAAGGGUUUCACAGUCAGAGGACCAGGGUUGGGAAGAGAUGGCAGACGCUGCGAUUACUCAUCUCCUCAGGACUUGUUUAUCAAAAAGCGCCAAGGAUCAGGCAGUUGGGAUUAGUUCGCUCACGAUGCCUCCGGACACGAGUAAACUUAAGAAGCACAUUGCACUCCUUUGCGAUCGGCUAAACAAGGGCGGAAAACUGGACCUCGCCAUGACAAGCGGUAGCUCGCAGGGCAAUGAGAUGCCUGUCGCGCAAGCGCCAAAAUCAGUCAAAGCCCUUGAGCCACUCGAUGAGACGUCAGAAGAGCACUACGAGGAAACAGACGGAGAACAAAAUGGCUUAUCAAGUUUACCGCCCUUGAUGGAGCCGUCCGGUAGACUACCGCAGAUCAAUACAGGCAAGAAUUCCACUCUCUCUGACCUCAAUAGGCGCGUGCACGUCACUCAAGGCAGCGAAGAGGAGGCACUAGUAGAGAGAGGCAUGGUGGCGGCGCGCAUGUCCAAUGGGUCAGACAGCGACGCUGACCGGUGAUCUUCGUAUAGUAGACGAUGGUAGAAGAGGUAUGGAGGAGGCGCGCAUGUCCAAUGGGUCAGACAGCGACGCUGACCGGUGAUGUUCGUAUAGUAGACGAUGGUAGAAGAGGUAUGGAGGAGGCGCGCAUGUCCAAUGGGUCAGACAGCGACGCUGACCGGUGAUCUUCGUAUAGUAGACGAUGGUAGAAGAGGUAUGGAGGAGGCGCGCAUGUCCAAUGGGUCAGACAGCGACGCUGACCGGUGAUAUUCGCAUGGAAGGCCCGUAAAGAAUAUGGAUACAACCCACAUGCCAAAUAUACCAGUGACGCUGAUCGGCGAUCGUUACGGGAGCGAUGCUAGUUGUAACACUACAUGGCGAGACGGUUCUGCCAAGUGAUUUCGUGAUUAAAUGUUACGGGACGGGUUAGUACGUCAUGUUAGACCCCUUGGUUUGGCACUUAAACUAACCCUGACCUUAACCCUUAACCAUCGUCUUACCUGACGAAUAACCUGAACACAUCGUGCUGCGAUAGGAAGCCUAGACUCAGAAAGCCUUGACGCAGUAGUGCUAUCUGGGGGAACGUUUACAAUUGUCAUAUUCGUAUACUGUAUACAUUUAUACUUUACAUUUAUUUGCCGAAAGCGAAGUGAAUAGCGUUGGAUAGUCCCGACGCUUCGACGUCUCGUCUCUAUUCUCUCAGCCUGAGGAGAAUUAUUGUUUUAGUAUAUACUUGGCGGGGACUGAGCAAGACACAUUUUGCUGUAAUUAUUUUAUCGAAUUUCCAACGUCGCGCGAAACUAGGUAUCGCUUCUGACAGUUGUUGAUGUUCGUAUCUUUUUGAAGAUUUUGCUCUCUCUGAACAUCAAGGGCUCGAAAUCCAUUCUGUUUUAACCCCCAUACAAUACAGAACCAAUAAAGACAAUAUACGAAUUUAUUGUGUAGACUAGUUUAGUCCCGUUUGAUACGUCGUUUUCACGAAUUUGGUUGUAGAGAUGAUUUCUUUCACUAUGAAUCCUUCAAAGACAAUAAAGCCCAUUUACAAUUUUUAGUUGACAAUUUUUAUUUGCUAGUGUCGAUUGAGCAAAGUCGGCAAUUUUAAAGUUAGCAGGUUUGCUUUUUCUCGGCAAUUAAAAAUUGUCACAUGAAAAAUUGCUAGUGUUGAUGCCAACAAAUAUAGUUGUCAACUAAAAAUUGUUAGUGUAGAUUGGGAUUAAGGUACAUUCACUAAAAUACUUCUCUUUGUUUGUGAUACAUUAUGCAGGCCUUAACAGUGAUUAACUUGUCGUUUUCCUACGUUUAAACUAACGAUGUGCUGCUUUAGUUUAUCGCAAAAGAAAUUUUAGCAAACUUUGAAUUUGUCGAGCACGUUGCAAAAUCAUUUCGGCGGGAAAUUGUCAAAACACGGGGAUUUGAAACCGAGUUUCCGCAAGGAAAAUAAAUCUAAAUCAAUUUUAGCAAAAAUGCCGUUUUAAUGUGAAGCUCGAUAAUUUCGGGUGCUAAAAGCAAGUUUUUAUGGUAACUUCACAGAUCGACUCAUUCCGAUUUUUUGCGGUGAAUACUGUCCAUUAAUCCGAGAUAGCGAACCAAUCAGAGCGCGCGUUCUAAUUAAGUUCCACCCAAGUAUAUACUAAAUAUUAUUAGUCUACCAGAAUUAACAAGACCCUGGUGAUACAUAACAUUAUCCUUCACCGUUCUUGGGUCUUGGGUAGCCAAGACCUCUUGAAAGCGUGAAUGUUGAGGGGAUUUUCAAACGGAGGUUUUGUUACCUUGACGGUGCUAUGGGAAGCAGUAGCCUUUUUAGCCCAAAGGUACACGUUGCAUGCUAACUUCAACAAACAUAAGGCACAGUCCAGAUUAAGUAAUACUUUGUGUAAGAACUAGGCAAGUGCACGCUGACAUGUCAAAAAUGCCUUUGUUUAUUCUAGAAAUUUGAUUGGCCAAGACAAAACAUUCUAGCAUAAGAUACAAAUAACACGAUUCAUAAUAUGAUCCAUAAUAUUUUUUUAAAUAUUUUGGUUAUAGGGUUAAUUACUAUGUCUGAUCCAGCUUUUCAGGUAAAUUUUAUGUGGGGAACCUUAUAAGACAACAAACAGCAAUUGUUCUGGCUUCUUUUGAUUGGUUCACCACAGAAAAUCACCUGUAAGGUAUAUAGCAAAGGACAUAUUUCACACAAUUUCUUCAAAAUCUUACUAUCUUCUAUAUGUCCUGCAUGCAUGUUUGGUAUAAAAAAGAUCCUAUGUGGGAAAGCUAUAAUGAAGCUGUUUGCCGCAGGACAAUGGGACUUAACCUAGUUCUUGCACGGAUGAUUAAACGCUAAAUAGUAGAUGGUGCCGUACGUAUGCCGCAACAAAUGAUGUAAAUUUAUCGAUAUUUAUUUCACCGAAUUUGAUUAUGUCCCCGGGCAUGAAUUACACAUUUUAUGGCGUGGGAUUAAUAUUAAUUACAAAUAUUAAGAACAUUUGUGCAUAUUGCAAUAAAGUACAUUUAUAAAUAGGGA